AUGAGAGCAAGAACUUCUCUCAAUACACCUAAUUUUACUCCUAAAAAUUCAUCAGGAAGAAAUGUAAAUGUCUCAACUCAAGAAUUUUAGUUCAGAAAUUCAAGACUAAUGUCAUCUCCAAUACAAAGCUCUCCAUAAAAAGAAAAUAGUUUGUCUCCAGAUACAUAAUAUCAAUCUAUCUAUUAUUAGGAAAAAAAGAAAAAACAAGAUAAAGCUUUUAUCCUUUAAAGGUUGAGAUAGUCGUUUGAAUAAAAACAUAUUAAAGAUCAGCUGAAUCUAAGGGGCUAAAAAACAUCUGUCAUAAAAUCAGUAAAUUCAUCUCCUAUAAAUAGAUAAAAUAUGAAGGGAAAUCCUGGCUUUGCUCAUUCUUAAAUGCAGAUGCCUAGAAUUGGUGAUCCAGUAAAAAAUCAAUAUGUUUAUAAUAGAUAAAGCAUCAAUGCUUUUCACCCAAGAAAAUCAGAAUUUCACAGUUCCUUUUAAUUUAUGUAUUAAGACAACUCACUUUAAUCUGGAGAGAGACAAAUGUAUUUGCUUGAAAAAUUGAGCAAGCAAAAAUAAGAUAAGCUAAAUUAGUAUUAAUUGAUGAGGCAGUCCAUUGAAAAUUAACAUAGAUUGAUGGAAUUACAGAAAAUGGAGAAGAUUUUCGAAAAGUAACGCCAAAUUGAAAAGAAACUAAACAAUGCAGCAUCCUAGAUAUAGAGAGCAUAUCGCUCAUGGAGAAUGCGAAAGUUCAAGGAUGUAGUAAUGAAGUAUGUUUAGAGAGAUAGAAUUGAAAUUGAAGAAGGUAAAGAAGUACUAUCUAAGGUUUUGGCAGAGAUGAAGCAUGAAACAAACCUGUACCUUGAAAAAUAUAAGGACAAGUACUCUAAUCUAAAUCCAAAUUAAUCAGAGGACUCUGAAUUAUCAUCUUUUGUAUCUUGA